AUGAGCUCCUUUCAAAAGUUUUUCCCUACCAAAAGCUUUCUCAAACAAGUCAUUGGAGCAGGUAAGCCAAUUUAAAUGUCUUAGAUUAGAAUAACAUGUAAGACAUAAUCAUGUUAAUAUUUCAGGCGCUCUGGCAUCAACAAGUUCAUGCUUGAGUCAAACGUUCAUUGAAAAAGCAGACCACAUAGACUAUCGCCGCGUUUUGAACUUUGGUCUUGUUACUAUGGCUAUUGUGGUAGGUAUUAUUAAAGUUAUUCUUAAAAAGUUAAUUAUGCACCUUAACUUUGAUAUUGUAAAGAUUUUUUGGAAAAUCAUACAAGUUUUACGUAAAAACCUUCAAUUAUAUUAACAUACAUCAUGGUGUAUAUGUUAAUAUAAUUAUAAUUUAAACCCCUCAAAGCGACUCAAAACAAGCUGUAACUAAGACAGUAUAACCCCAAAUUACAGGGCCCAAUCCAGUACCAUUGGUUCCGUUUUCUCUCCCGCAUGAUGCAAGGAGAAAACCUUCGAACCGGUGUGAAGCGAAUGAUCGUCGACCAAAUAAUUGCUGCUCCCAUAAUAACCACCAUCUUCCUGUUCAAUGUACAGUUAAUGGAGUCAAAGUCCAUCAACACCUCGAUCAACAAAACGCGCAACGUUUGGGCCCCAGUCAUGGCCAACAACUAUAAACUGUGGCCAUUCGUGCAGCUGAUCAACAUGUCCGUGGUCCCAUUGGAAUACAGGAUAGUUUUUCUGCAAUUCGUAGGCUUAUUCUGGAAUUGUUACAUCUCCUACAUGACAACGAAGUAG